AGUCAGUUUCCUCGCGCAGGGAGAGACGUGCCUGCAGUCACAGGGUUUAUUUAACACGUCGUCACGAACCCACCCAGCUCUCACACACGGACAGAGCCGACCUCAGAGCAGCUUCCCUCGGCAGAGCGAGCGCCGACCUCAGGGUGGGGGACAACUCUUCACAGCAGGGACGCUCGAGGAGACGAAUUGAUUUUUUUAUUUUAUUAUUAUUUGUUUUAUUUUAAGGUGCCGACACUUUUUUUCAGUUUCUUUUUGCUUUGACGCAAAAUGGAGAGGAUAACAAGCGCGCAGCCGCCUCCUUAUGCACCCAAACACCCAGCACUGGAUGUAGCUGACAUGCACCGAAUGGAGUUUCCCAUUUACCUGUGCAAACCCAGGAGGGGAGUGAAGCGCGGGGACGAGUGCAAGGAGACCUACAAGCUGCCACACAGACUCAUCGAGAAGAAGAGACGAGACCGGAUAAAUGAAUGUAUCUCUCAGCUCAAGGACCUGCUGCCAGAACACCUGAAGCUCACGACGCUAGGUCAUUUGGAGAAAGCGGUGGUGCUGGAGCUCACCCUGAAGCACGUGAGAACCUUGAACGCCCUCCUGGAGCAGCAGCAGCAGAAGAUUGUGGCUCUGCAGAAGGAUCUGCAGUUCGGUGAUCACGGAGGUGACGGAGCAGACAGCAGUGAGGAGAUGUUCCGCUCCGGGUUUCACCUGUGCGCCAAAGAGGUCCUCCACUAUCUGGCCAACCAGGAGACGAGCAGGGAGCUGACCCCGUCCCACGUCGUCGGCCACAUCCAGAAGGUGGCAGCUGAGGUGCUGCAGCGUCCAAGCAGCCCGCAGCCGGACGAGUGUGAGCGGGUGAACAAGGCCGUGGAGCAGCCUGCCGCGUCCUCUGAGGCCCCCGCCAAGAACUGCGUUCCAGUCAUUCAGAGGACUUACCAGCAUGUGGGGGGGGAGCAGAGCGGCAGUGACACAGACACUGAUAGUGGCUAUGGUGGAGAGCACGACAAGCCCAAAGCCCAGUGGUCCGAGAGUCAUGGGAGGGAGGGGGAUCUGAAAACCCCUGCGCCUGAGAGGACUGCGGGCGUCAUCAAGCAGGAGGGGGACGAGCCUCGGGCCAAGAGGUUAAGAGCAGACUCCUCGGAGGACGAGGUCCUCUCCGCGGUGGGAGCUCCUGGCAGCUACAUGAGCUUCCCCCCCAAUCAAUCCCCAUUCUGUCUCCCCUUCUACCUCGUCCCCCCCGCGACAGCGGCGUACCUACCGAUGCUGGACAAAUGCUGGUACCCUGGGGGCAUGCCCGUCAUGUACCCGGGCAUGGGUGGCUCUGCAGUGAGCCUAUCCCCGGAGACGCUGACCCCAUCUUUGGUGAUGUCACCGAGGGCAGGAUCCCCAGUACCUCACCACAACCCGGUGGACCCCCCCGCUCUCCAUAAAGCUUUAAGACAGGUCUCCCCUUUGAACUUGGAAACCAAAAACUGAGCAGACCUGUUUGUCAGAACCAGACUCUUUGAAUGUUGAUCGAGGGUAAAGGAGCAGACUGCUACCCCCCCCCCCCCCCCCCCCCCCCCCCCCCC